AUGGCUAUCUGGAGAAAGCCUGUUACUUGGUUGAGAUCGAACAGCGAUGUAGACCUCAGCGAGGUUCGCGGGGCGAAUGAACAGGUUGGAGACCACAUCUUCGUGGACGGCGUCGAAAUUUUCCAGGAUAAGACCGGAGCCCCUGUUGAACAGGCCAGUCCGCUUGGGUAUCAUGUCGGAUGGGUUGGCAUUAUAUGUUUGAAUAUAAGUCAAAUGAUUGGGACUGGUAUCUUCAGUACUCCUGGCUCUAUUCUUGCCGGGCUCGGAUCUGUUGGCUUGAGUCUCUUAUAUUGGGUUAUUGGAGGCAUCAUUUCAGCGGGUAUGUUCUUGACGAGCCUAAACAUAUUGAGAUUGCCAUUAAUUCAUGACGGACGGAUAGCGGCAUUGUCGAUAUAUCUCGAAUACACAGCCCUAUUCCCAAACCGUAGUGGGGCAUUGGUUGUGUAUCUGGAACAAGCAUUUCCAAAGCCGCGCUUUCUCUUCCCUGCAACCUUCGCAUUCUUUACCGUUGCUUUCUCCUUUUCAAGUAGCAACGCAAUCGUUCUCGCAAGAUAUAUCUAUCGUGCCGCCGGUCAUACAGCAACUGAAUGGGAGAACAAAGGGCUCGCACUGGCAUCAUAUUCUGUCCUAGCCUUCCUCUGUCUAAUCUCCACAAAAUGGUCAAUGAGAAUCAUGAACUUGAUUUCGAUCGUCAAGCUUAUCAUACUGCUUUUCGUGGUCAUUACAGGGUUUGUGGUUUUGGGAGGAGGCACACGGGUCAAAGAUCCAUAUGCGAACUUUCGAAAUGCUUUCGAAGGAACAACCUCGAACGGCAACGCGGUUGCAACUUCAUUAGUGAAGAUCAAUUUUGCUUAUUCGGGAUAUGCUAAUGCAUUCAACGUAGUUUCGGAAAUCAAGAACCCGAUGAGGAGCCUCAAGAUACAUACCCCAAUAUCCCUUCUUAUCGUAGUCGUACUCUAUGUUCUUGCAAACGUCGCAUACUUUGCCGCAGUACCGAAAGAAGUCAUCCGCGAUUCUGGAGAGCUUACAGCAGCCUUGUUCUUCGAAGCAGUAUUCGGAAAGGCCGGACGCGUGCUACCUGCUCUGGUCGCCAUCAGUGCAGCUGGUAAUAUCAUGGCUGUUAUAAUUGGCACUACUAGACAGAUUCGAGAAGUUGCACGGCAAGGACUUAUUCCGUGGCCUGGUGUCUGGGUAUCUACAAAGCCGUUCGGGACUCCACUUGCUCCAAUCCUUCUCAAAUGGACCACGACCUCGAUAGUUAUUCUGGCACUUCCUUUUGGCGAUGCAUUCAAUUUCUUGGUUGAUCUCAGAUCAUAUCCUGAUUCUAUCUUCUUGGCGCUGAUGUUUAUCGGUAUCUACAUCAUCCGCUAUCGACGCAAGCAACAGGGUCUCCCCAAAGCUCAAUUUGAAGCUUGGCAUGUGGCGAUCACGCUCUCGAUUGCCGUGUGCGUCUUCGUCUUGAUCAUGCCGUGGUAUCCCCCGAAAGGUGGUUCUAAGGGUGGUGACGUUUCGUUCUGGUAUGCGACGUACUGUGUCGUUGGCCUUUGCCUCAUGGUCGGUUGUGGUGUGUACUAUUUCUUCUGGUUGGAAUUACUGCCUAGGCUUCGCGACUACUCCAUCAGGACGGAGACAUUUGUUAUGGAAGGCGACGGAUCUGUCACAGCCCGAUUGUUGAAGAUACCAAACCAUGCCCUUGCCGAAUAUGACAGGACACACGACGCCUCUGGAAACUUGCUGGCGGAGGAAGCUUCUGAUGUGACUGCGACCACUACGGCGAAUCUGCGUAUGAAAAAACGGAUUCAUGUUAAGGACUCAAGAGCAACGUCGGCUGCUGUUGAAUACGUACAGCCAAAGGUAUAG